AUGAGGAAUCCGUUUAGAGAUGAAGAACCCACGGAUGCUACUAGAGAAGAACGGGAGCAGAAAGUGGCCAAUCGACAUAGUCAGCCCCGGUUUGUCGUGGAAAGUUCGUACGACAACUUACGCGACGCCUUUACCUCUGAUCCACUUACCGUACAAGACGAAUUAGUCUCCGCCUUGGGGAAUGAAGGGCAUGAGGCCAACUGGUUGAAAUCACCUGCCAACAGUCGAAAUCUGAUGGAAAUUCUGUCUUCAAGGAGGAGUCUGAGAGAAGCAUCAUCCAACGCAUAUCUACAUCCUACAGAUGCUCCCUCAAUCUGGGACCACUAUCCUAAUUAUGACUACUAUCCCGAUUACCCCGAGACACAAAGCAACUACGACAUUCCACUAAUAACGUUGGAUCAUUCGGGAAAUGCUGAUUUGGAGGCUGGACUUCAGAGACUCAAUGAAAAAGCGAAGCUCAAUUUACCUGGCUCGCCAUCGAAAAUCCCCAAUAUAAUCUCGAGAAUUUCAGAUAGAAUUGCCGGUAGUAACAAUCCAGCGACACCCAUGUCAGAAAAGCCACCUGUAUUCAUGGCAGACUUGGAACUGGUUGAAACUAUGGACCCAAACUUGACUUCUCUCGGAACACCCUCACACCUGCCCCUUUUGCGUCCUUCCAGGCCCUCUGGAGACGGCGACAGUAUGAUUAGCUCACAACAAUUACAUACAGACGAGUUGAGUGGCCAAAUUACCCCAAACUUACAGCAUUCCACAUCUAAUGUUACUACAGCAAUAGUACAUGAAAAUCCUUUCAGCAUGGGAAAUAGCCCCAAUGAGGGGUUUGAACACCUUUAUUUAUAUGGCCGGUCGCUUCGAAUAUUUGCACCAAGCCUGCCAUUCCGAAAAUGGUGCCACCGGGCAGCGGCACAUUCUGCAACAAAUGCAACUCUUUUAGUUCUUCUUUUCAUUCAGACGACCCUAUUGAUAUUCAGGCAGUGGAACCCGGCAAAGCUAGAUGGCUAUGUUUACUAUGGUAACAACUGGGUCGAGUAUGUUAUUGCAUUUAUCUAUUUCCUAUACUCUAUGGAAGCAGGAGUGAAAAUUGUGGCGUAUGGUCUUAUCGAUGACAGAAUCAUGUUUGAAGAGCUUGGUUUGGAUUAUCCAAGCAGCUGGAUCUCAGAAACCACAAGACUGGUAAUCCAAUAUAUACGUGAAGUAUAUCUGACUUAUUCCAAUAGAUUUGGAAAAGGUAAAGAUGGAAAAGGCAACAGAUUUAGACUACUGUCUAAAAGUACAUCAAAUAUCAAAAAUCCAUCAAACGGAUUCGGUGAAACUUCCCUAGACUUGAAUCUGCCACUUGAUAACUCUACAGAAUAUCACGAAAACCCAUUUAUUGAAUCACUGAGUGAUUCUCUGCAAAACCCUUUCAAUGACACUUCUUCUAGCCAAGAUAGGAACUUGACAAGAAGAAGGUCCGACAUCCAGCGAAGAGUACGAUUUCAUCGUCAGGAUUCUGCAUCUUCUGUCGUUGACGUGAAACCAUCACUCCGUAUUCACCUGAAAAAUACAUUUCUCAAAUCCAGUACAAUUCGAAAGAAGGUGGAAGAAAUGAAUUUGCGCAGAGCGUAUUUGCAUAAUAGCUGGCAAAUAUUUGAUGCCAUCUCAACAGUAUCGUUUUGGAUUUCCAUGAUUCUUUCUGUUAAUCGUCAGGAUUACGAUCACCAUUUCAUGCUUUUCAGAGCCCUUAGUUGUUUAAGGAUUUUGCGUUUAUGCAACUUGACUACAGGUACCAACAUUAUUCUCAAAGCAUGUUAUGCAGCGAUCCCCCAAUUGAUGGAUAUUACUAUAGUCAUUGUUUGUUUUUGGGUAAUUUUUGCAAUUAUUGGCGUUCAAUCAUUCAAAUCAUCUCUUUCCCGGAACUGCGUCUGGACAAAUCCUACAGACCCUUCAGAAACGUUUAGAAAUACUGAGCAAUUUUGUGGAUCGUAUAUUGGACUUGAUGGAAAGGCAAAACCGUUCUUGAACCGUAACGGUGAAGCGUCAGAGUCGAUCAAGGGCUUUCGGUGUCCCAUGAACUCUGUAUGCCAAAGUGGCGAAAAUCCUUAUGCGGGAUCUGUAAACUUUGAUAAUAUCUUUCAAUCCAUGCAGUUAGUGUUUGUCAUCAUGUCCGUUAAUGCAUUUUCGGAUCUCAUGUACGAACUAAUGGAUACCGACAAUAUUGCCGCUGCCUUAUUCUUCAUAUUCGCAAUCUUCAUUUUAACUGUAUGGUUGAUGAAUAUUUUUAUUGCAAUCAUUGUGUCGUCAUUUCAAGUGGUUCAGAUGGAACAAGCCGAAGAAAAACGACAAAGGGCAGAGCGUCGGAACAAAAAGAUGUCUCUGUUCAAAAUAUGGAUGUUCAAUGAUGAGCUUCAUAGUAAGCGAGUACGUUCAGUCAUACUGAAGAAGCCAUGGCUCAAGAGAUACUACCAGUUUGAAAUCAUACUGUUAGUAAUGAUUGCUACUGGCUUAGUUAUUCAAUGCUUGCGCCUGAGCUCUAUGUCUGAUGAUUUGUCGCGUUUCAUUUACAGAGCAGAAGAGUUUGUGACGGCUUUCCUUUGCGCAGAUAUUGUAUUACGAUUUUCCUUGUUCAUGCCUUAUUGGAGAGAUUUCUUUUAUUCUAAGAGAAACUGCUUUGAUUUGUUUUUGGCUCUUAUAACGACUGUGAUAAUUGCUGAUCCAGUGAAAAAUAAACUAGGACACGCCUAUUACUGGCUUUCGUUUUUCCAAAUUGUGAGGUUCUACAGAAUUGUGUUGGCUUACAGCAUUACUAGAGAUCUUUGGUUGAAAAUUUUGCGUAACGCAAAAGCAAUCUUUGAUUUAACAUUGUUCUACUUUAUUCUUUUGGUGCUCACGAGUAUUAUUUUGGCUCGUUUCUUUGAAGGAACGGUUCCUCUUUCAGAUGUCGAUGAUGUCCAAUUUGCGAUGCAUACCUUGCCCAAUACUUUCAUGUCUUUAUAUGUCAUCACAUCCACAGAAAACUGGGCUGAUAUCAUGUAUUCCCUUCAAGAAUAUGCUAGAUCCACUUCACAAAGAGCAAUUGGGUCAGUGUUUCUUAUUUUUUGGUUUAUUGUUUCUAAUUCCAUUGUGAUGAAUAUUUUUAUUGCCGUUAUUGCGAAUGCAUUGCAGGUCUCAGAUGAAGGUAAGAGAAAGCACCAGCUUCUGCAAUUUAUCGAGGACGUGACUACGAAGCUUCAAAGCGUCCAGACCAGAAAUGACUGGAUUAGUAAAAUGAAGGCCAGAAUUUUCAAAUCGAACACAGAAAAGAACAUGCAAAGAGCUGUUACAAACCUUUUAAUGAGUGGAAGUGCUGUGAACGAUUUCUUAGAAAAUGAUACUACAGUAGAGAGGAAUGAUCUGGAUGAGGAUGACAAAGGUGGACCCAUUCGAAAAUGGAUCAAUGAGCGCAAAAGGCGGAUAUUGGCAUACUUUCAUAAUCCCUUCUUUACGAAACACAGGACUCAAAUAACGUACGAAGGUAAAUUUGAUCCAGUAACUUUCGCUAAGAGGGCUUUGGAAGAGAGGCAACGGAUUGAGAAAGAGCAAGAUCAAUAUUUGAGAGAUAAUCCCAUGUUCAACACAGUAUUUUAUAUGUUGGCACCUGGCCAUCGUUUAAGGAGAAUAUGCCAGCGAAUUGUUCCCUCAAGUUAUGGUGAAAGAAUUGAUGGAGUCGAGCCGCACAAGAAGAUAAGUGAAAUUUUUGCACUGUUGAUGUUUUUGUCUACUAUCGGAAUCGUUCUUGCUGCUUGUUAUGUCACUCCGCUCUAUAGGAGAGAUGUUGGACACGUGAAUGGACAGUGGAACUGGGCUCUAUACACUGAUUCUGUGCUUCUUCUUGUUUUCACGAUGGAGUAUCUCAUAAAAAUUACAGCAGACGGCAUAAUUUUUACUCCAAAUGGAUACUACAGGUCUCCGUGGAAUUGGUUAGACUUCUGCGCUUUGCUUUCUCUUUGGACAGAGUUUGUGGCAUUCAUAAAAGACGAUGGCCCUCUUUCUUUGGUUGUGCGAGGCUUGAAGGCUUUGAGAGCAUUGAGAAUUUUAACAAUCAGUGAAACAGCGAAGAACAAUUUCCAGUACACUAUUAUAUCCGGGUUUGGAAAGAUUGUAAGUGCUGCAAUGAUGUCUCUUACUUUGAUUUUUCCUUUUUCUAUAUGGGCGCUCAACAUUUUCAAUGACCGCCUUGGAUUCUGCAACGACGGUGUUUCAUAUCUCGGUGAAUGUGUGAAUGAAUACUCAAACACCGUUUAUGACUGGGAAAUCUACAGUCCCAGGGUAUACACCGAACCCCUAUUACAAAUGAACAGAUUCUCAUCUUCGUUUUCAACCUUAUACCAAAUUGUAUCUUUGGAAGGGUGGACUGAUCUCCUCAUCAAUGUUAUGCAAAGCACAGGAUCUGGAACACCACAGCAAAUGUUCUACAAUGCUUUUAACGGUGUUUUUGUUAUCUUUUUCAAUUUUGUGAGUGUGGUUUUCAUUCUUACAGUGUUCGUCUCUGUCAUUAUUGAUAAUUAUGCUAAGGUAACUGGUAGAGCCUAUCUUACAAAUGAGCAAAUCCAGUGGUAUAAUGUGAAGCGAUUCCUUUUGCGAGUCAAACCUUCAAAAAGGCGGGACCCCAAGUCGUUGAAAGGUAUCCAGAAAGCAUUUUACAACUUAACUGUGGGAAGAAAUAGAAUUUGGAGAAACACAUUAAACACAGUUUUGCUUAUCCAUGUGGUAUCCCUACUUUGUGAGACUUACCCAUCGAAUAAGUCAUUCAAUGUGUUUCGAGCACUAGCAUUUAUGGUGAGUUCAACUUGUUUUGUAAUCCACUAUUUUAUGUUAGCUAUUGCCCAGAGCUUUAAAGUCUUCAUUAGCAACAAGUGGAACAUUUUCUCAUUCAUCGUUUCGCUUGGUGCUUGGAUAUCAACCAUGCUUAGUUUUGCUACCAAUUCCGGGUCGGUAUUUAUUAACUUCAACAAGUUGUUUUUGGUUGGAAUGUUGAUUUUCCUUUUCCCAAGAAGCGAUAGAAUCAACCAACUUCUUAAGUUUGCAGCUGCCUCUCUUCCUAGGUUACUUUCUUUGAUGUUCACUUGGUUUAUUCUUUAUUUGGUGUACGCGAUCGCCUUGAACCAAAUUUUUGGAAUGACGAAGAUUGGUCCUAAUACAAGUGGAAAUAUAAACGUGAGGUCGGUACCAAAAACAUUAAUUCUUCUAUUCAGAUGUUCCAUGGGUGAGGGAUGGAAUUACAUUAUGGAUGAUUUCACUUUAGAGGUGCCUUUCUGUACAUACGACAAUAGUGUGGAUGAUUCGGAUUGUGGAAACAAGGAAUACGCAUAUUUGCUCUUCAUGUCUUGGAAUGUGAUUUCCAUGUACAUUAUGCUUAACUUGUUCGUUUCAUUACUUUUGGACAGUUUCAGUUACAUUAGCGGAGGAUCAAAAUAUGCUCCGUUGGUAGCCAGAUCUGAAAUAAGGAAGUUCAAAAAGUCGUGGGGGAAAUUUGACCCAAAAGGAACUGGUUUCAUUGACCCUGAAGAUCUUCCAAAAUUUCUACACACUUUAGAUGGCUCCUUGAGUUUUCACUUUUAUCAUGGCAUGUUUAGUAUCCCCGAGCUUUGUUCGAAAUGGAUACACAGAAAUGACCCAAACAAUCCCUACGAUGUGGCGAUAAACUAUGAUGCCAUCAAUGAAACAGUUGCAACUAUGGACUUUCCGAAAAUCAGAGAACGAAGAUUUAUGUACGAGAGAUUUAUCGAAGAGGCCAUCAUGAACAUGGAGUUACAUGAAGAACCGGGAAUAUCAUUCACUCGUCUAUUGGUACAGCUCCCAUUGUACAACUCUUUUGAUCUGGGUGAGUGUCUUGUCCUCAUUGAUUACUUGGAGAGACGUCUUUUUAUGCAAAAACUAGAAAAAAGACUACAGAAAAAGAGAUGUAAAGAGUUACUUCAAGGAUAUAUUACGCGGUGGGCUUACGUUCAUCGGCAGAGGGAGGAGAAAAGAAAAUCACAAAUUCUGAAUAUUUCAACAGAGGGAAAACAGAACACAUUUUACGAAGUGGGCAUCGAAGACUUCUGA